AUGUCAGCUGUCAAUGACACAAAACUCAAAUAUGCAAUGUUCCUUCUCACCAGGAUACCUGGGCAGGAAGACGUCCAUCUCUGGAUCUCCAUCCCCUUCUGUUUCAUUUAUGUUUUUUCAAUAUUGGGAAAUUCAGCCAUUCUGUUCAUUAUAAAAACAGAUCCAAGCCUCCAUGAGCCUAUGUACAUUUUCCUUUCCAUGUUGGCAGUCACAGACCUUGGCUUAUCGAUAUCCACCAUACCGACAAUACUGGGCAUAUAUUUGUUUAACUCUAGUGAGAUCAGCCUCAAUGCCUGUUUUGCCCAGCUGUUCUUCAUCCACUCAUUUGUAUUCACUGAAUCCUCCAUACUCUUGUUGAUGGCAUUUGACCGCUUUGUCGCGAUCUCUAACCCACUGAGAUAUGCCUCCAUCUUAACCCUGCCGAGAAUAUCCAAGAUGGGACUGGUGUGUGUCCUAAGAGGGGUGGCUGUAUCAUUCCCAUUCCCCUUUCUCCUGAAACGGUUCCAAUACUGUCGAGCCAAUGUCCUCUCCCAUUCCUACUGCCUGCACCAGGAUGUCAUGAAUCUGGCUUGUUCAGAUAUCACAGUCAACUACGUCUAUGGCUUGUUUCUUACAGUCUUCACGGUGGGGUUGGAUUCACUGCUCAUCUUCCUCUCUUAUGUGAUGAUCCUCAAAACUGUGCUGAGUAUUGCAUCACACGCGGAGUGCCUCAGGGCCCUGAACACCUGCGUCUCCCACCUCUGCGCCGUCCUGCUCUUCUACAUACCAGAUAUCGGCUUGGCUUUGAUACACAGAUUGGGAAAGGGCUCUUCUCCCUUACUACAGAUUGUCCUGGGCUACAUCUUCCUGCUCGCCCCACCCCUGAUGAACCCAAUCGUGUACAGCGUGAAAAGCAAACACCUUCGGUCAAGGAUAAUCAGAGUGUUCAGGGGCCGCAGGGACAUGCCGGCCGCUUCUGGGAGUGGGGUGGAGGGAGGGAGGCAGAAUGGGCAGGGAGCCGCCUUAGCCCUGGCCUGCCGCGCUGCUGCUGGAAUGUCUCUGUGUGCCCCUGGAGGGGAGGGGGCAGCGGGUUUCCGGGGCAAGGGCAGCACACAGAUCUGCCUCCUGCCCCUCACCAGGGGCGCGCAGAGACGUGCCAGAAGUCGGCCGCUUCUGGGCGUGGCAUGGGGCCACCAGCUACAGCAUCCAAGCAGGCUGCCUGCCUGA